CAGUCUGGGCAGGAUGCGGUUCCUGGUUGCGCUGGUCCUGCUGAGCGUCGCGGUGGCGGGAGUCUCGCCGGCCGGCGAGCUGCAAGUCAGGGCCAGUCCGCCUCCCAGUUCGACGGGAGUAAAGACUGAAGGUCCGCCUACUACUGGAACGUACUCCACCCCGCCCGCCUCGAGCCAGCUGCCUGAGGAAAAACCUACGCAGGGAAAUUCACCCUCUCACAAUCUGUCUUCCACGAACGACAGCUCUAGCACGUCGGGUUCGGGGCGGCCGUCCUCCCAAGGAAACUCCAGCGCGUCGGGUUCGGAAGGGCCGUCCUCCCAAGGAAACUCCAGCGCGUCGGGUUCGGAAGGGCCGUCCUCCCAAGGAAACUCCGGCACGUCUGGUUCGGGGCGGCCGUCCACCCAGGGGGACUCCGGCACGUCGGGUUCGGGGCGGCCGUCCACCCAGGGGGACUCCGGCACGUCGGGUUCGGGGCGGCCGUCCACCCAGGGGGACUCCGGCACGUCGGGUUCGGGGCGGCCGUCCACCCAGGGGGACUCCGGCACGUCGGGUUCGGGGCGGCCGUCCACCCAGGGGGACUCCGGCACGUCGGGUUCGGGGCGGCCGUCCACCCAGGGGGACUCCGGCACGUCGGGUUCGGGGCGGCCGUCCACCCAGGGGGAGUCCGACAAGUUGGAUUCAGAACAGCCUUCCUUAGGAGAAGAUAAGUCUUCAGAGCUUACUGAAGAUAUGGAGCCCAAGGAGGCUGAAGAUGGUGAUACAGGGCCUGAAGAGGGCUCACCACCCAAAGAAGAGAAAGAAAAGAUGUUCGGCCCUGCCUCUGGUGAGAACCGUGAAGGGACACUUUGGGAAUCCAUGAAUAGCGAGAAGGGUGUCCUUUAUAAGGACAAUCCUGGAAGUGCCAGUGCAGAGAGCAGCCACUUCUUUGCAUAUCUGGUAACUGCAGCCAUUGUCGUUGCUGUCCUCUAUAUUGCCUAUCACAACAAGCGCAAGAUUAUUGCUUUUGUCCUGGAAGGGAAAAGAUCCAAAGUCACUCGGCGGCCAAAGGCCAGUGACUACCAGCGUUUGGACCAGAAGCUUUGAUUUUUUGUCCUUGAAAACCUUGUCCUCCCUGCUGAUUUGUUUCUAAAUCAAGAAAAAUGAAGAGAAAAGUACUGUGACCUAAGAAACACUUCUCCUCUGGGGUUUGGUGGCAAGUCUGGGCUAGCAGAGGCAGGGGGGUUGUUUUGAGUUUUGCACUUGCACUUUGGUGACACUGUACUCCUAUGUUUUCUUUAUUUAUGCUGAUGACUUCCCUCCUUUCCUCCCGAGUGUGAGUGGAGAGAGCAUGUGGAAACAUGGCUAUGACCAAAGGGGCAUCCCAGCCCUGGCAGGCUACAUUGCUGAUCACCCUCCCUUGGGCCUUGACUCUAGUAAAGUUUGCCCUUGACUGUGGCAUUGCACUCUCUACAGUUUUAUCUUUGCAGACCUAGGAGACAACUCUGCAGGUAGAGGUGCUUUUCUACUGAGGCCUUUUACUUUGGGGGAAUGUGCCCUGCAAAAGAUGUGGAGGAUGGUGAAAUGUUGAUGGGCAAAAGGUGACUUUGAACACAUAAUCCUCUCCCGAGGCUUCAGCAACAAACAAAAACAGCAGGUUAAAAAAGUGCUUUCUUGCCUGCAAGUCUAACCUGUCUAGCAUGAGUUCCUCAUGUUUUUGAUGUUUCAUAUUACUUGAGACAAAGUGAAUCCACUUCCAUUUGUUUGUACUGAGCAUAAAACUGAACUUAGUUUUUGGAGGUUAAGCCACUGUUCCCAACACAGAUUUUUUUUAAAAAUGGGGUUAUGAUCAUUGAAACUGUGUUUUUUCAUACAGUCAUACUCAAUAGGAACUUUUUGAAAUAGGGCAAUUUCAUGCUUUAUGCAAGAAAACAUGUAGGAGGGUUUUGGUUUUGUUCUACAUUUCAAAAACUUUUAUGAAACAGAUUUUCAAAACCUCCAUUUUGCCUUUGUUGCCUAAGAUAGACUUAACGUUUGGAAACUAACUGUAUUCUCUGACCAUUUUUACCUUAAUCUAUUUAAUGAUCCUCUUAUUUGAUAUAAGAUGCCAAGGUAAUUAGUAAGAAAUUCUUCUAUCCCAAGUUAGGAGUUAAAAGUUCAGUGGGUUCCCCUGCAAUAACUGAGGGUAGUGUCUUGGAUCACAAUGUUGUUUGAAUUUUUAUUUAAAUCUGUUCUAGUCAUGCUACCCUAUUAUAAAGAGCCUAAAGACAGUUGUUUCUGAGCUAAUCUUGGGGAAAUACAAAGAAUGGGGGAGGUGAGGGAAAUAGGUGAAUUCUGUGCUGUUGACGAAGUAAACCUGAAAAAGGGACCAUCCUAAUUGUCUUAUUAUCUUCCACCUUGCUUAAAAUAGCUCAUGGCUUUUCAUGAGUUGAAAUUUUCAUUCUUGGCAGGUAGCCUAGUUUAUGGAGCUAAGGAAUGAAUGCCUACUCUCGUUGGCAUCAUUCUCUCUACUUGUGUACUAGUCUUUUAAAAGAUGAUGACUGGUAAGGGGAUCUUAACCCUUGACUUGGUGUUGUCAGAACCACACUCUCCCAAGUGAGCUAACUGGCCAUCCCUAUAUAGGGAUCCAAACCUGUGGCCUUGGUGUUAUCAGCACCACACUCUCCCAAGUGAAUCAUGGGCUGGUCCUUACUUGUGUACCAGUCUUAUACUACUUUCCUCCAACCUGAGAAAUCUAUCUGGCUCCUCUAGCAUUCCCUAAGACUAUGGUUAUUUUAGUCCUCUCUCUGUCUCCCUUUUCCCUGCCUUUCCCCCUUCUAUUUGUGCCUAUCCACACUAGCAUCUUCUCCUUCCUUCAUGCAUGCUCAGAUUUCCCCUGCUCCCAUCUGUUUAUUUGUUAUUCAUUCCACUGUGAAUUUCUCCAGUUAGUGGUGCUUCCAUUACUGGCCAUUCAUUCUCUUCAUGACCAUUAGGAACUCACUUUGGUCCCUGUCUUUCUACUAUUUUUCCAGUGGUUACCAGUUAUCAGAUCACCCAAUCCAAUGGCUUGUUCUCAAAGCUUAGUUUUGCCCUUGGUAGAAUUGGACACUUGAACAUCCAGAUUGAAAUUCCCCUUUCUUGGUUUGUCUCUGACAAACUGUCCUUUGCUUUAUCCUAUGCUGGUGAGUAAGAGGGCUGUCAAAACCAGGUCUCUAUUGACUGUCUGCUCUGAAAUUCACCCAUUCUUCAUCUUCUGAGUAAGUGACUAACAAGUCUUUCUCCUUGGUGUACUUCCCAGAGAACCCAGUCCUGCUCUUUGCUGAAUAUUUCAGCAUGGUUGUCCUGUUGUGACUAAACUGAAUUCUCUCUUCUACCCAUCAAGCUGUUCUUUGCAACUGCCCAAUUUCUUCAAUUACUUGAACUCCAAACUUAUACCAUUUCUCUCUCAUCACAAAAGUCCUAUCCAUUAAAAAGAAAAGAAAAAUCUCUAGCUAUAAUCUUUCUUUCCAUUUUCCUAGGUUCCCCUGUCCCACACCUUCACCCAUUCCACUUCUCUCCUGGAUUUUUUUUUCCAGGAGCCACUUCAAUUGGUGUACCUGUCCGUCUUCUUGGAAAGAGGAUCAGACAUGGAAAGAUUGACCUUUCCAAAAUGCAUGCCCUGCUCUGAAGCUUAUCUGUACCUCUCAUGGCUUAGAGAAUCCAGUUAUAGACUCUUUGGUGCUCAGGACUCUGACACCUUCCUGCCUUUCUCUGCAUCCCACCCAGGCCAAAGCCCAUUUCUGUUGGGUGCCUGUCUGUGCCUCUGUGCCUUUAUUCUUGCUAUGUCAUUCAUUUUCUGGCUUCCUACGUUUCUUUGGUUAGGUUGUUCUUCUCUCUCUUGCCUUCCCCAAAUCUACGUUUCUUGAGGGCCCAGCUCACGUUUUCCCUUAUACUAUCCAAACUGCCCCACCCCCACUAUUGGUCCUUUCCAUCCUGCUCUACUGGCCCUUGAUAAUGGCACUCAUUCAUUUCGAAACUUCAGCAGUUGGUAUGUAACAUCUGGUCUCCCAAGAAAACUAAGCUCUUGAGGGACAGCCUUUGGCACUGUCUUCAUAUCUGCCUAGGGUAGUAACAUUCCUUAGGGACGUCAGAAGGCGGAGAUAUUUUAUUUCCUCAUGACAUCUGGAUAUAACUUAAAUGAAUGUUCACACAGCUCUUCCUGGCUACUGGUUGCUGUGACCAUAACAUGUUGCAUUUUGCUCUUUAAAAAAGGAGAGCAGAAGGAUUGGUCUCAGGAAUCAAGAGGGUUAGCACCAGGUGGAUGCAUAAGUAUUAUCAAGGAGUCCACAAAGCUUAAUAUUUUGAGCCUCUGAGAAGUAUCAUUUCUUGUGCUAAAAGAGUUCAAUAGAAUUUAAGGUUCACUUUAGAAAUUGCACUAAAGGAAAUAUUGCACAUCCAAGGAAAACUUAUUUUCUGGAUAGUUGUCUUUUUGAAGAUAGAAUAUUUGAAGCAUAUUUUCCUGGAAAAUAUGUGGAUGAGGGUAAGCUGGCUGAAGCAUCUCUCAACAGGCGGGUGGAGGGGGUUGGCAGGAGGGUGGCGUGUGGGAAGUCCAUGGAGCCAUAAGAGGUACCAUAGCAAAGGGUUUCUUGUCUUUCCCCACCUUUUGGUUGAAGGGUGAUUUUUAUUAAGAGGAAUCUGUUUUAGUCAUGACAUUAAUAGAGGAACUUGUUUUCCUGCUACAGGUUACUAAGUAGAAUUAUUUAGACUCCACUUUUGGAUUCUGGAGUCAAAUGGCUCUCUGUCUAGAAAGGAUAAGAUAACUUGCAAGAGCUCACAACUAGCUUUAUAUACUCCGACAUAUUUUACCCAUGAUGGCUUUUAAUGAAACAUUUGGUGAUAGAAUUCUCAGCCUCUAAAAUUCCACUGCUGGUGAUGCUCAUUUCCCUCUGCAGUCCUGUUUCACAGGGUCACUCGAUACAAAACGCUGUAAUGAAAAGGUAGCACGCUGUGCACGUUAUGAGUCGCUGGAACAUGCUCCAGGGUGUGCUGCACACCAGACCCUGUGCUCUGCCAGGCUGUUUUCUGAAAACUCUUUCUGGGAAGGUUGAGUUUGGCAUUGCCUUCCUCAGUUAAGAAUCCUCAGAGGAGAUAUUCAGGUUGAAAUUAACUGGACAUCCAGAGCCAAGAGUGACUCUCAACUCAGCAAUUUUCACAAAUCAGAUAGGAAUUUCCAAAAUAUCCCAAUUUAGAAACCCCUCUGUAAAAGGUUUUGGUCUGAGCUAAGGUUUAGGUAUGACAUUUCAAACUACCAACAAAGCCAGCCCCUCCCACUCUCAUAGAAAGUCUUUCAAUUCCUAAGAUGACCGAGUUCAAAAAAUGUUGAUUACUGAAGUCGUUUCUUUUCUUUUUUCUUUGCACAGUUAGUAGAUUGCCACUGUUUUGCAAUGUUUUGUAUUUUCAGCUUUUGUAACUUAACUAUAAUUACUUAAAUUUAUUUUUUUUAACUUUAUUAUGGUCUAAUGAUAAGUAUUUUUCAGAACAAAUGUUUCACUGAGCUUCUGUACAUGGCAACUCAAUGUGGUUUUGUGUUAUUGAGGAGAAACCAAAAUAAAUUUCAAAUACUAAAGAAUAAAAUC